AUGAAUUUUCUUCUGUGUGUUCAACUAAUCGUGUUAUCAGUCGUAGCUUCUCAAGCAUUUCUUUGUAAGGAAGCAUCUCUUUCUUGUCCUGUGAUAACUCGGAAUCAUCGCCGACUUAAAGGCUUCACGCUCAAAACAUUUCAUUCGGCAAGCCUGAUAUCCUGUAGUUUGCAAUGUCAGAGAAAGCCACGAUGCAUUUCAACAAAUUUCAGAAAAAUUUCCAAAACUGAGGGAACCUGUGAGUUAAACGACAGAGGAGUCUUCCCUCUUGAGGAAGGAAAAGAACUGGAAUAUGAUGAAGAAGCUAUUUACACUCAAUUAUACGAGAAGAAGGUAAUAAAAAUUUGUCUUAUCUAUUUAAAUUAUUGAUCCUUGCAAUGAAGUGGGCAUCUUCAAAAAGUGUGUACAUAUCUGUUUAUCUACCGGAACACAUCUAAACAAAAAGACGGAAAAGCUACGAUCUUCGCUUUGUCACGAGAAGGAGAAUAAGCUUACGGAUGGAUUCUCUGUUGGGCGGUAGCGGAAUAUUAGAACACGAAAUCCUCCGACCUGAGAUUUUAUUUUAUUCAUGACAUAUUUUUGGUAAUGUUUAUCUUUUCGACGUUAGAAGUAAAAAAUUCAACAUUUCUCUUAACUUAAUAAUGUGUCUAUCCAUUGAUCCUCGUCUAGUUAUAUUAUGGUGCAAUGUCGGGUUUUCAUGAUGGAUGAUUAGCGUCGUUACUGCGAAUGUUGCCUUAAAAAAUAAAAUGGGCCUUUUUCCAAAUUUUCAGUAUCUUUGGAGAAAUGAUACUUGCAAAGUCCUCCGAAGUACAAUAAUGUUUAGAAUUACAAUUGUGUUGAGUCUUCUCAAAUAAUUUUGUGGACUGAAAGAGGGUAACAUUAAUUUGAGACAAAAAAUUGUAGUUUUUAGCUUAGGUUAAAAAUUUAUAGAUGAGUUUCUAUUUGAUGAUUGACCAAGAUGACUAAUUGAUUUCCUGAUAAGAAAAAAUGAAUAUUUUCAUGUCUGAGCAGCGCAACUGUCAGGUUUUCACGGAAGAAUUUAAAUUCGUCAGCUGCAAAUGUAUGUAGGGCUGAGUACAUAAGAUAUUCUUAAAAUUAACGUCUAAGAUCUUGCACUUACAUCACUGAGGAGUUACUCGUCUCAGUCUCCUCUUGUCUUUGUGUCAAGAGGCCUCCUGUCAAUACUUGCGGAGUCUUCUAUCGUCAUGACCCUCCCUGAACCAUUUCUGGACCUUAUCUGCUACCUUCAUAGUCCUCGAAUGUGGUUUAAAAAAAUAAGAUUACCCGGGAAAAUACUGCGAGGUUUAUUUCUGAAAAGAAAAAGAAAAGAUGAAGAAAAUAAGAAGCUCCCCAAGACCUGUAAGAUUCGUAUUUUCCCAAAUAAAACUCAUUCAUAAUUUCAAAUGCAAUCUUUGCUUACGCCAAAGCAUUUCGAAAUUUGAACGCGAUAACCUUUAACAUAUCUAGGAAUUUUACAUGACAAUCCCUAUCCAAAAAAAUCUGGAUCCUCCUAAGGUACCGCAGUAUAAUUAUCGUCCUGGGUAUGAGACGACCUCGAACAUCACUCGAAGUUCAGAGUCUUUUAACAUUCGGAUAGUUCUUAUCCGUUAAAUUUUUUUCUAAUUUGGAUCUUUGAGACGAAAUGGAAACUAUAAUCUGCGCUGAUUUUGAUAUUUCUGUUCAAACGUUGAAAAUAUCCGCAGUCAUUAGUAGUAAACUUGUCAAUAUGUGUGAUUGAGUUUCUCUGUCCAAAAUGCAGGUGAAGAAUCACCAAAAGGCCCAGUUCCCUUAGGUAUGGAAAGUGGAGUUAUUACUGACUCGCAGAUUAGUGCAUCUUCCGUGUAUGAUAAUGCACAUGGCCCACAGAAUGGUAGAUCACAUUUCAAGGGGGCCAAAGCCCCGUUGGCGUUUGUAUCUGCUGGCUGGGCAGCUGAUCUGCUAAACACCAACCAAUGGCUGCAAGUGGAUCUUCGGAAUACCGCAAGGGUAAUAGGCAUAGCGACGCAGGGGAGACAUGAUUACGAUCAGUGGGUUACUAAAUACAAGCUACAAUAUGGCGACGAUGGACAAACUUACAGUAUCUACAGGCGAAACGGAGACACUUCAGAUACGGUAUAAAUAAGAAUGACUUUUUGAGCAAGAUGUUUUCCCUUCUAUUCUUGCUGUGAGGGUGAACCAAAGAAAAAAAAUUAAGAGUCCCCAAGAGUAAAAGAAUCUCAGUCCUUCGAAUUCUUUGCUCCAAUGCACCAACACUUCGCCACAGUUAUCUUACAGACGGCUGAGCUAUUACGAGGUCCAUCAUAUGUUCAAAUAUGAGCUUUUCUUUUUUUGCUUUUGGUGGGUCUGAGACGAGGUCGAGAUACAUGAGAACGCUAGAGAACGAGUAGUAAAAAAUUAGUGAGAUCAAACUGUACUCGUUUAUAUCUAUGUUUGUAUUUGAUUGCUGAUGAACAUGUAGAAAAGCAUCAACUAAGGUUCUAGGUUUAGAGUUAGCGCUCCUGUGUAAUGCAUACAUUCGUCAAUUUUACAUCCCACAAUAUUCUACUCAGAUUUUCCCUGGAAACACUGACAGGGACACAGUUGUGUAUCACGAUCUUAACCCGGUCAUUGAUGCUCGCUUCGUUCGAGUUCUUCCGAUGGAAUGGUUUGAGUUUAUCGGAAUGAGAAUGGAGCUUUACUCUUGUCAAAGUAAGUUACUAGUUGAACUGUUUAUUCCUGGCUGAAUUAUUGUGCUUAACUCUCAGAAAUGAUCAACAUGAAACUUCUCCCUAUAAUAUCCUUACAUUACCCAGCAAACAGGUCAUGACAAUAUUCAAACUUAUAAGGCAGAAGAUGUUAUCUUGAUCUUACAUCAAAUUCUUCUAACUAAUUUACAAGGAUAUGUGUCGCAGCAGGAGGGGUGGGGGAUAUAGAGGUGGGGCAGAGGGAAAACUCAGGGCAAUGGACUGGUUUUAAUUAAAGAGUAGUGCCCAGAGACUAAAAGGAACCCUGGUCUAAGGCCAGUUGGCCUCACGUUUUAUAAUGGUAAUUGGACCGAGUAGAGUUUAAUACGGUCACUAUUUAUACGAGUGAUUAACAAAAUCAGACGAUCGCGAAGCAGGAGUCUGAUUUGUCAAUUACGAGUAUGAUUACCAGGAUGAAUUUGACGACUCGAGGCUCUGUCAUCAACUAAUCAAAACUAUGAUAACAUUUGAGAAAGAGACUGGACAUCGGUUAUACGUCUUUAUUAAAAGAAAAACAAAACAAGAGUAAAAUCGGCGAAAUGCGAGACAAAAUCGCGCGUUUAUGACGUCAUACCCACUUACGCGGGUAUGACGUGUUAAUUGCCCCUUUAACUGCCCUAGUACACUGUGCGAUUACAAACAUGACGCUUAUAUUGUCCUAUUAGUGCUCAAAUCGGGCCAGUGGUAACCAAUCACGUUCGAGAGUUUUGUUAUAGUUUUGAUUACAUACGUAAUUGCAAUAUGACAGUAAAGCUCAAACAUUUUAUAUCGGAUCCCUUUCUAAUUUUUCAAUUAAUGAGCACUUAACUUCUUUUUAGCGCUUAUUUUUGAAUACAUUAUUCAGCAAGCAUGCACAUGAAAAGAUGAGAUGAAUCUAUCGGCUGAUAGGUUUUUUUAUGAUAGAGCACCAAAUUUUUCCGACUUGCAUGUUUGCUGGUAAAAGUAUAGGAGCUAAAAGGAAGAAUUUUCAAUCAGAUCUUCAAAGAAGGAAGAAGGUGUUAUUGACUCAUCGAGACACUUGUCUUUCAUUCAGGGUAUCUUUUUAAAUUUUCAUAUAUCGACGACAGAUGUGAAAACUUUCCAUCUGUCAUAUUUUUCUUUGAAUGUUUUUAUCGUUUUGUCCUAAACUAGUUUGACUUGUAUGCCGGUAAAAUGGUGGUUUUUUAUCUUUUUCUUUUAAAGGCGAAUGGACUACAUUUCACUAAGUGCUGGUCCUCAAAAUAUUGUACUGUCAUUUAAAGAAAAAUGAGUAAUACUUCCAGGGUUAAAGGGUUAAGAGCGCUAGCAGUGCUCAGAAACCAAAGCGAACCCCGGUUUAAGGUCAGUUGCCCUUUGGGUUUUACACGUGAUUGUAAUAUGUCAUCGAGAGAGCUCACGCAUUUCACAUAACAACCCCAACACCUAAUUUUUUUUUUAUUGAGAUACAUUAUUUCUUUCUGAUAGAAAACUUAAUUCUCUUAACUUGUUUAAAAGUACGAGAGUCACAACCGAAGGGAAGAAUUCACCUUUUCGGCGUCAGUUUAAAGUCGUCAGCUACAAAUGUAAGUAGGGCUGAGUAGAAAAAUAAUCUUCAAAUUAAUGUCUAAGAUCCUGCACUUACAUCUCUGAGGAGUUACUCAUCUCAGCUACUUACAUCACUUAGGAGUUACUCAUCUCAGCUGUCUUUGUGUCAAGAGGCCUCCCGUCAAUACGUGCGGAGUCUCCCAUCGUGGUGAGCCUCCCCGAACCAUUUCUGGACCUUAUCUGGUACCUUCAAAGCCCUCGAAUGUGGUGUAAAAAGAAAAAAGAAUGCGCAGGAAAAUACUGCGUGGGUCAUUUCUAAACAAAACAAAAAGAUGAAGAAAAUACGACUGAGCUCUCUAAGACGUUGAAGAUCCGUAUUUUCCCAGUUAAAACUCAUUCAUAAUUUCAAAUGCAGUCUGUGCCUCCGCUAACGCAUUGCGAAACUUGAACGCGAUAACUUUAAACACAUGUAGAGAUUGUACAAGGCAAUCCCUAUGCAAAAACCUCUGGAUAAUCCGAAGGUGCCACGAUAUUAAUUACCGUCCGGGAUACGAGAUGACAUUUAAGAACUUGUACCAUCACUUGAAGUUCAGAGACUUUUAAUAUACGGAGAGUUCUUAUCUGUUAAAUUUUUUCUAAUUUGGAUCCUUAGGACGAAAUCGAAACUUCAAACUGCAUUGAUUUUUAUACUUCUGUUCAAAUGUUGAAAACAUCUGCAGUCAUUAGGAGUAAACUUGUGAAUACGUGCGUUUGUGUUUCUCUGUCCAAAAUGCAGGUGAAGAAUCACCAAAAGGCCCAGUUUCCCUGGGUAUGGAAAGUGUAGUUAUUACUGACUCGCAGAUCAAUGCAUAGUCCGUGUGCAGUUAUUAUCAUUGUUUCUCGUCUCUCGCUCUGACGAGGGGCUAACGCUCGAACGUCAGCUUUGAAACUCUGACUGUUGCAAAUUUGCGUUAUCGACUCAGUUGAUGAAACCAAAUUACCUUAUCAUUUAUUUGAUCAGAAGAAGUUGCUAAGAUUUGUUACCAUAUCGCUUGCAGUGCCCGUAGGCAGUGUGAAGCGAAUCCUGUUCUCUGAUUGGCUACCUAAGCGGGCAAGAUGGCCCAUCACAAUGUUGGCGAUGUAGUCGCAAAAACUCGGCAGAGGGAGAUCAAAACAAAGAAAACAUAACUAAAAUACCCACGUGGGUUUACUGUAUUACAAACACAGCUGGCUUUCUCGCCCAGCUCUCUUAAAAAAAAACAGGUCAAUCUUCAUUUGUAAUACAGCGAAACCUUUUUAUAGGAAAUUCUUUAUUGUCCAAGCUUGUUCAGUCAACAACUGCAUCAAGUCUUCUAUCGUUGACUAGAACAUUUAAGUGAUAACAACUGAUAAUCGGCGAUCAGGCGAUACAUAUGGCUGUGAGUUAUAGCGUGAUGAAACAAAAUGGUUUUCAUCGAAGGAAACGAAACGAAAUGCUCAGAGUUUAGACAUCACAAAUUUGAAAGCAAAUAGAACACUUCUCGCAGACAAAAUAUGUCCAGUUACAACGAGUUGAAAAUUAAUGCAGUUUUAUUUGCUUUCAAAUUUGUGAUGCCUUGAUGUAGUUGUUGACAUAAUAACUGGUAUCUAGAAGUUUUUAAAUAAUUUAGUAAUUUAGUAAGUAUUUUCAACUCAGUUGCAACUGAGUAUAUUUUGUCUGCGGGAAGUGUGGUCAAGUACUUAAUAAAUUAUUCAGAAACUUCUACGGUAGAUAAAAAUAUUAGUAUCUCAACAACUACAUCGAGGAGUCUAUAGUUAACAGGAAAAUCUAUAUGAUAACAACUGACAAACUAGAAAAAUUUUACAGACGGCAGGGUCAUUUUUUAUUUUAAAUCUCUGAAUCAAAUAAGAUCUUUGUUUAUUCAGGCAGAAACGGCAGACGAGAUUAAUACUUGACUCGGAAAUGUCAUCUUCUUUCACAUUUAAUCAACAAUUGAAAUCGUACUGUUAUCCAGCUUUCAGUGCAUCCUUUCAAUUAGCCAGUCGACUCGGCUAUGAUUGGAUAGAUAAUAAUUAAAAUCUUCAACUUUCAUUUAAAUUAUUCAAUGUCGAUUAAAUUAUUCAAUGGCUGACUUCUGAUGAAAACGCCUGCGACUUUCAAAGCUGAGGAUUAAGCAUACCUUAGACGAGGUCAUCACCAGAAAAUCAAAAUGAAUUUUACUCUCUGUGCUGGACUUAUCGUGUUAUUAGUGUCCGAAGUCGUAGCAUCUCAAGCACUUGUUUGUAAGGAAGCGUCUCUUUCUUGUCCUGUGAUAACUUACAAUCAUCGCCGACUUAAAGGCUUCGCGUUCAAAACAAUUCACUUUGCAAGCCUGAUAUCCUGUGGUUUGCUAUGUCAGAGAGACCCUCGAUGCGUUUCAACAAAUUUCAGAAACUUUUUCAAAAGUCAGGGAACCUGUGAGUUGAACGACAGAGGAGUUCUCCUUACUGAGAAAGGAAACGAACUGGAAUACGACGAAGAGGCGAUUUACACUCAAUUUUACGACACGAAGGUAACAAAAAAAUCUUGAUAAAAGACCAAGAAGAAGGUGUUAUUGAUUCCUCGAGACACUUGUCCUUCAUUCGUGGUAUCUUCUCAUAAAAUCUUCAUAUUUCGACGACAGAUGUGAAAACUUUCCAUCUGUCAUAUUUUUCUUUGAGUAGUUUGACGUGUAUGCGGGUAAAAAGGCGAAUGGACCACAUUUCACUGAGUGCUGAUAAUCAAAAUGUUGUACUGUCGUUUAAAGUAAAAUGAGAAUUUUUUCCUAAGUGGGAAUUUAAACCUUGGUAUCAUUGGAGUCAAUAUAUACAAACUGCUCCGAAGCUCAAUAAAGUUAAGUAUAUUUUAAGUUGAAAGUUCUCAAAUAAAUUCAGGUGGACCGAAAGUAGGUCAUACGGAUUUAAUACACAAAAUUCAGCUUGAAGCUAAAACUUUCAAGAUGUAUCUAAAGGCCUUCAAUUAACUCACUUUUGUAGUCUCCAUACGGUAAUGAACCCGGAAGACUAAUUGAUUUCCCGAUAAAAUAAAAAAAUGAAUGAUUUUUUGUUUUCAGCACCACUGUCAGGCCUUCAAGGAAGAUUUAAAAGUCGUCAACUGCAAAUGUAAGUAGCGUUGGUUUGAAAGGUGGUCUUGAGAUUAAAGUCAACGACUUCGUGUUUAAAUUACAAUGAUUUACUUGUCCCUGCUGCUUCUUGUGUCUCUCCGCCAAAAGGUGCGGAGUCUGUCGUCUUCGCGAACCUUGGCGGACCCUCACAAACAUUCCCCGAACCUGCUUGAAACAUUUCGAUUCUUACAGUUUCCUUGAAAGUCCUCGAAUGCUGUCAAAAAAAUUGCUAAGGAAAAUGUUGCCUAGCUUACUUCUAAAUUAAAGUAAAAAUCAAGGCUUUAAUUCCCAUGAGUGACCAAGACAGAAUUUCUCCUUACAAUAACCAUACAAUAUCAAUCAGACAGGUGAUGAGAAUAAUGAAGAAUAUAAGUUUGAGGAUUUUCUAGUUGAUCCAGUACCAAAUUCUCAGAACUAGCAUCAUAAGAGUUGUAUAGCAGACAGUAAGGAGAAUUACUAAUGAGAUUUUGGGCACUCAAGGGUAAAGGAAACAAGAACCUACUGAAGAAGCCGAGGACACUCACUGUGUUAUUCACAAUUUCAAAUGCCGAUGUGCCUACCAAAUACAUAGCGAAAACAUGAUAGCGUUGCACGCUUGGAAAUUUUGACCUCAAAUUGGGCCAAACUCUUUCGGCCGCGCAGGGUCUGGGCCCAUGUACACAAACAAAUCAAAAUGGCGUCCCAAAGUGAGCCUGACCAAGAAGAACUUUUUAAUGGGAUCAAAGGAGCAUUAAAGCGGCAGAAAUCGAAAUUCGAACGCCAGAUUUCAAAUGUUCACAAGUUGAAAGAUCUAGAUGAGACAUUUAACGCACUAGAGAAACUGGCCGAAGCUGUUGUGAAAGGAAAAUAUGGUCCCCUUCGCUAUCGACACGAGCAUGAAAUCAGUCAUGUAUAUCCAAUGUUGGAACGAACAAUGAUAAUAGCUAAGAAUGGAAUUAAUACACGCCUUACUCCACGGAUGAGUAAAAUCCAUCCUUGGGUGAUCUGUUUCGAUGUUCCGAUGCCGCAGGAAGUGUUCAGUCUAUUAAACAAAGGGAUCGUAAAUCGCACAAGUUAUGGUGUAGAUGUUUCGGAGAAACCCGGUUCAGUGACAAUAACAUUCACAAAUAUGAGAAGACUGUGUGCUUUGUUCAAUAAAUUUGAGGACUGCGAAGCAUUUACAAAGGAGCUAGGAGCUGGAAAAGGGGUGGUAAAACUUAUUGUUGACGACAGGAAGAAUGGAAUUAUGAGAUACAAGUUUAAAGAGGAAAUUUUACAAUUUAAUUUCCAUUACGGGUACUGGAAUGCAUUUGGCAUCAUUCAGCAUUGAAACAGGAGCAGUUUGUUUUUCCAGUAUUGAUUGGAUGCAGUGGUACAUUCUUAAAUUGUAAUCGAGUCGAGACAACAACAUAUAUGUAAUAGAUGUUAUAUUUAUGAUUUUAUACACUUCUAACACAAUUGUGGGUACAUUAAUUGUCUUAUAUGUUAUUGUUGCAAUGCCCUCAGUGGAAUUAAAAUAUAGAAAAGGGGAACAGUCUCUGGCAGACCCCUAACAAUAAAAAUUAUUCUCUUAAGGAAACUAUUAAGCAGAUUUACUAACAACACUGUACAUUUAGAAUAUUCGUUACAUUUAGAAUAUUUUUGACAUUUAUUAUAGUUAUAAUUACAUUUAUAUUCUUAAUUAAUUUAAAUUUAAAUCUGUAUUUGUAAUUGUAUUGUGUUUAGCUGAAAAACCCUUUCUAGGGAGCAUCAAUAAAAGUAUGUAUGUAUGUAUGUAUGUAUGUAUGUGUGUGUGUGUGUGUGUGUGUGUGUGUGUGUGUGUGUGUGUGUGUGUGUGUGUCUGUAUGUAUGUAUGUAUGUAUGUAUGUAUGUAUGUAUGUAUAGCAAACUGUCAGGGAAACCUGACAAUAGUUGCUUCAUGCUACGGAAACUGGGAUAAGCUCUGGCAGUCAUGGGCCACUAGGCUUGUAAGACUAAGCCACGACCAAGUUAAGACAAGUACUUCAAACACUCUCUAGUAGGCUUUCCCUCCGCAACAGACUUCUUGAUCUCAUCCAUGAAUUUAUGACCACAAAAGAAACAUUUGUCGUCGUGUUCACCUUUGGAAAACCCACAGGAGCAAAAGUGUUGUGCAUCUGUGGUAAUGCGAUUGGGGAUGAGGCUGUCUCUUGAUUGAUGAUAUGUCAAGAGAGAUGGCUGGCGGAGAGGGAGCCAAAGUUUACUGAUGUAAUCAUGCCUGAAUACCUGAUUCCAGCGGUCUUUAUAAAGGCUGUUUCUUGCAUAGCUGGCAAUUUGAACAUGCUUGGCUUCCCUCCCUUGCAUGGUGUUCACUCCUAAUCCAGUUUCAUAUUUCUCAAAUACCCACUGGGUGUGAACUGGGACCAAAUGUCCAAUGCUCCAAACUGUCCCUGAUACAGUGCCUGUGAAGAGUGUGACUGCUGUGAAGUAAUCCCGAGCUAAGACCUUGAGUUCAUCAAUGGCUGGCUGAGUAAUGUGGUACAUUGAAAAAAUGGAGGCACAAUCUCUGAGCUUCAUUGCAAUGAAAACAAUGAACAAAAGUUUCAUAAGCAAUUUGGGAUCAUCUGAAUCCCCCCUGAUGGCAUUCACAAGGUACAUAAACCCAUGCAAAAUAAGUCUUGAGUCCUUUCCAGUCAGUCUGUAAGAAAAGUCUUUGUCCUUAGACCUAUCUUCCAGCAUCCACUUUCCUAGCUGCUUUUUCAAACGUCCAGCUUUUACAUCACACUCUAGUGCCUUCAUGUACCUUGACAUUGCACAUGCUGGGGAUAGGUCUGAUAGGCUGGAGAUCUUCUGUGGGAGGUUACUUGAAGAAAUUGCUAGGUUUAAUAGCAUUGUGUGUAAAUGCUGUACCCCAUUGUUUUUAAGGUGAAGGGGCUCUACAACCUCUUUAUCACACAACUUUCCAAUCAGUGGCUGAAAUUCCUGCCUUGAUUUAUUACUGGCAAUAAAUUUGGUGAUUUUUGUUCUUUUUGUUGAGGCUGCAAGGCUGGAGGGAAGCUUUGCCUUAAAACUUUCAACCUGUUUGGCAAUGUUUAAUCUAUCUUUGUAUGGCCAUGGUUUCCACUUGCAAUCAUUCAUUAGCCCAAAUUUUCCAUUCAGUGUAACACAGUCCUCUUUUUGAUAUACAUUUGCAAAGCUGGAAAAAUAAGUGGCAGCAUUGUUAAGUUCCCCAUUAAGGAAAGCCAGAAAUUUCAUGUCUGAGGGAACCAGUUCAAAAGUGAAGGUUACUUGCUUCUCUGACACUGUAUAUGUUUUCUUCUCAAUUGCUUCAAUCUUGGAGGUUAAUUGCAGAGUAAAUUGCUCUACACAUGGGUGGUCUUCUUUGCAGUUGGCACCAAAUAAAAGAAAAUUGUCAUUUGGGCUAGCCACUCUUGGCCCAACAUUUAAGAAACUCACCAACCAGGACAUUGAGUCAUCCCACUUCCCAAAGGGUGCUCCAUCCCCCCCAAUUGCCACUUUAAAGGAUCCUUCUUUGUGACCAAACCAAUUAAGUUUGUCAUUGUCCUUUCUAAAUUCAUUUGUUUCAAAGUAAAAUUGACUAAGCAUAAUUAGCAUUGUCUCUAAGUCUCUGUAGACCCCAUCAACUCGUUGAUCCCUGGGUAAGGUAGUGCACAGUGUUUCUCUCACUGACAAGGUCUCUCCAACAUUGAUUUCUUCAAUUUUGUGCAUGAGAGCACUGUAAGCAAGUGGCCUUGGAAUGGGAACUCCAAAGCCAAAUUUGAUUCUCUCCUUGAAAGAUAACCUUUCAUGGUUCUUUUCCCAGUAUGUCUCAUAACCAUUGCUGAUCUCCCCUGCUGGUAUUUUACUUUUCCAAUGAUCCCCCCUGCAUACAGUAGAGAUAAGGAACGGAUGAAAUUUUCAUUGCUUUCCUCGUACUCCUUCGCUUGAGCAUUUAUUUUCAUCGCAGCUGCCCUUUUAAGCUUUUUAGAAGAAUCGAAAUAUUUAGAAAUAUCAGCCAUUUUGCCAUAUUUGAGAACAGUGGAAAACAUUCCAUCAAGAGCAGGAGUUCUAUCUUCCACGGAACCUCCGUUCACCUCUGAAGCAGCAAUCAGGGUCUCUAAUUGCCUUCUGUGGGCACUUCUUCUCGGUAAAUUUAAUUUACCCUCUCCAGUGAGUUCAGUUGGGCUUUUUUUCCUACUUGUAGAAGUGUUUUGCAAGAUUUCAAAUGCUGUCGCACGGCUUUGAGUUGGCGGGGUCACCUCAAGCUCAAGCUGAUCCACACAUUCUCGUAUUUUCUCGCCAUUUUUUUAGGCGCUCUAACUUUUUCUCAGAGCAGAGAGCUCUUUACUCUUUGACAGAUACUCUUUUCGAAGGGUAGCCCUUUCUCUAGCUAGUUCAGCUACAGGGAAUCGUUUCUUCUGCGAAAAUGCAAGCGAUCUCCGAGGGGUUCUUCUCUUCUUACUUCCCAUUGCCCGAUCGCCACGGUCAUGGGCCACAGGCUAUUUCCUUUCAAUUAAAAUUGAGUAUUUUUGUUACAAAUUUUUACACAUAUAAAAGCAAAAUUAUGACCGCUCAACUCGAAAUUAUAAACGAUCAAUAUCUCUUCUGUGGUUCUACCGUUUCCUUUUUGAGCAAAACGAGUGCUUUAACAUUAUUUACCUCCGUUUUUGAAGUCGACUGAAGACUUAUAUUUGUAACUGCGAUCGUUCUUUGGAGCCCUGUGUUCACUACGAAUGCAAAAAUCGAGAAAUAUGGACAAAGUCGAUGAAUCAGAUAUCAAACUAAAGCUUGAAAGGAAUAGAUUUUAUUUUUUAGCGCCAAACGUUUGUUUUCAUUACAAGUCUCCCGCAAACAGGCAAAAUAGAUGACUCCCCGGGUCCCUCUGAGUCGCCAUGAAAAUGGCCGAGCGAAAUUUGGCCUUAAAAGGACUGGAAUCUAGUGGACAUUUCCUUGGCCCAAUUUGAGGUCAAAAUUUCCAAGCGUGUUGAGUCAUCAAUAUGGGAAGCAAUUUAAACAAAUCCAGAAAGUAGAGAAAGCAAACUUCAGGGAUCCAAAAACCAUUGGAUACUCCAAAGGUGCCGCAGUAAAUUUUAACCGUUUUGGGUACGAAUUUUCAUUUGUAGUAGAGCUUCGACCAUCACUUGUAAGUCGGAGAGAUUUAACUCACGUGAAAGUUUUUAUCGUUAUCAAAUUUUUUAUUAUAAUGCUUUAGAUAAAGUGGGAAAAGAGACUGCACUAACAUUUACAUUUCUAUUCAAACGUUUUUAAAAUCCUCCUUUUCUUUCUAUUCAACCGUUCUCAAAAUCCUCCUUUAUUCUAUGAUAAACAAAUCAAUGUCUGUGCGAUUGCAUUUGUCUGUCUCAAUUUCAGGUGCGGAAUCACCAAAAGCCCCAGUUCCCCUCGGCAUGGAAAGCGGUGCUAUUUUUGACUCACAGAUCACCGCUUCCUCCGUGUAUAAUGAUAACCUUGCCGCAUCGAAUGCUAGAUUACAUUUUAAAGGAUCUGAAAACCCACUUAGACGUGCUGGCUGGGUACCUGGAGUGAAAAACACUAACCAAUGGCUGCAAGUGGAUCUUCAGCAAACCACAAGGGUAAUAGGCAUAGCGACGCAAGGGAGACAUGAUUUCGAUCAGUGGGUUACCGAAUACAAGCUACAAUAUGGCGAUGAUGGACAAACUUUCAGAGUUUACAAGCGAAACGGAGACACAUCAGAUACGGUAUGAAAAAAUAUGCUUAAUUGAAAAACCUUUUUGCGGAGAAAAAGUCCCCAUGAGGAAUAGAACCUUUUUGUAUUCUGCAUUCUGAUUCUCUUUCACUGAGCCACAAGGCAGUUACACUUGGCUGGGCCAUAUACUCUCUGUCAUUGAACCUACAGAAAAGCAUUCACGAAAGUUAUAGGUUAAGAGUAACUCGUACUGUAAAAACGUACGUGCGUACUUACGCUUGUUAAUUUUACGCCCAAAUAUAUUCUACCUAGUUUUUUCCAGGAAACAAGGACAGAGACACAGUAGUUUACCACGAUCUUAACCCGCUCAUUUAUGUUCGCUAUGUUCGAGUUCUUCCGAUGGAAUGGAAAGGGACGAUCUCUAUGAGGAUUGAGCUUUAUUCUUGUUAAGGUAACCUACUGGGGUCCAGUUGUGCAACAAUGGGCCGAGUUUUUUUGAAAAACGUUUUCUGGGAGACGGAAGGUGAGCGUUGGGUGAGGGUGAGCUGUAAUGGACUGACAUUACAUUUAACCCUUUAGCUCCCAAGAUCUUCAUCCUAAUUCUCCCGUCUAGCUGCUACACAUUCCUUGCAAAUCAGGUGCAAGAAUUAGAUUUUAGAUCAGGAUAACAACUUUUACCUGAUACGUUUGAAUAUUCUCAUCACCUGUUUGCAAGAUAUAUCUAUGGAUAUUUUAGGAAAAAAGUUUCAUUUUAGUCACUUAUGGGAGUUAAAGGUUAAGAGCGCUAGCAGUGCUCAGAAACCAAAGCGAGCCCCCCGGCUUACGGCCAGUUGCCCUUUGAGUUUUACACAUGUUUGUAAUUUGUCAUCGAUAGAGCUCACGCACUUCACAUAACAUCCCCAACAGCUAUAUCUUUUUUACUAAAAUACAUUAUUUGUUUUUGAUAGAAAAACAAAUUCUCUUUAUUUGUUUAAAAGUGAAAGAGUCACAACUGAAGGGAAGAAUUCACCUUUUCGGCGUUAGAUUGCACUUGUAGUGUCACGUGACCUCUGAUGUAAACAAACCGCGAAAGUUUGGACUUUAAAUCAACCACCCACGGCGCGAGUCCGAACUUCGGCUUCGGCAUUUUGUCGUGAAUAGUUACCCUCUGUCGCGCCAUGGAAUAAUAAAAAACAUUCUCUGUACUGUGAUUUAUCUUCUCAGGUAUUUUCAGGGCUUUGAGUGCGUUGAUUGUUAAAUGAAACCACGUCUGAUAGGAGAUUAUUGCCCACGAAUCGCUGUAGAACGUGAUCAAGCCUGGAUUCCCACACAGAAUCUCGUUUCAUAUCGUAUUGCGUGGAAUGUUUUAUGCACGCAAAGGGGAAAUCCUGCCAAAUCCAGCUCAAUCUUUAAGAGUAGUUGUAGCUUUGAAUAGCAGAUCACAAAAUUUGAGACGGGUUCAACGCUAUGAAUGGGGUAGAAACUGAAAAUAUCUGCAGAAACGGGGCAUUUCAGUGAGCAGAUAUUUCACAACGUUUUGUGUGGAAAUCGCCUCCGCAGUCGAAAAAAAAAAAAAAAAGGGUUCUAUUAGUGUGUCCAAAUUUCGAAAAAGACGGCGCCACUACUUCAGGCAAAUCAAUAAUUCAUGAUAUGUUUAUUCUCAAUCUAGCUUUUUUGAAGACUGUGAACGAUUUUAACGCUUCGCGGCCAUUUGGAUUGUAGGAUAUUUUUAAUCAUUUGAUUUACUACUCCACCGCGUCAGGCAUGGACUCGCCGCUUAUAAAUCAUUUGAAGAUUAUCGCCUAUUCGAUGAUCGUUUGUUACGUAUCGUAAGCAUCAGAAGUCUCGUGACACUACACGUGAAAUCUAACGCCGAAAAGGUGAAUUAUCAAUCAGACCCUGGAAGGCAGAGGAAUCGGGAAAAACGACCAGAAAUUAUCUUUUACAUGCUUGUUAAUGCUGUUUUUGUUUCCUUAUUUUUCAUAUAGAAUAACAGCUGUUUGCGAGAAACAUCACUGCAAUUCAAUCCCUUCUAUGGCUAAUCCAAAAUGAUUUUUGUUUGUGGAUUACAAAGUACAACAGCAGCUUGAUUCGCUGACUAAUUAAUUAUUGGUCGUUUUAGCUUAAUAGUCGUUAUAAUUCGUAAUGUGAGGGAUAUGCACCAAUGGCAGCACAUUAAGACGCACCUGUAAAAACGAACGAGCGAACGUGCUCUUUUGGAGACUCGUGUUCAAUCAACCUCAGUGCCUAACGAGAACCGAUUGUGAAAACAAACCAAUCUCUCGUGAAAAUGUAUAAUAUCUCAUACUCUCUUCACCACUUUAACAAAGCAAUAAAUCUUGUAUCGUAGGAAAGAGACACAUGUGUGUUCAUUAAGGAAAAAGUGACAAGAAUCCUCUGACGAGUUUGCAUGCCGUUAAAACGUGUUUAGCAGUUGUAACUGAUCAAAUUAUUUAAUAAAGUAUGUACCCCUAAUUAAAUUUGUAAGUAAGCAAAUGAACCUUGCGAGUAAAUGUGACUCAAAUAGUCAGAUUUAACGUUCAGGAAUUGUUGAGAAAUAAUUUCACAAUAAAGGAAGUUGUUACAACCCUGAAGGUUUGGACUUUUUAGUGCAAAAAUGGCUAUGGGAGAUUUAUGGAAACAAACCAUCACGAAAUCAUUGAAAGUCCUGGAAUUUUUGCAACGGAUGAAUCUGAUAUUAUAGUUUCUUCUUUAACCAAAUUAUGACACGUGUUUCUAGCAGGAUUCCAACCUGCAAUUCCUCGUGUAUGAGGUGGACGUGAUAACUACCCCACUACAGGAACGCGGCUUGCAUGCAUGGCUUUGUCCGCCAAGAGCAUUUCACUCAUCGCGGGAUAUGACAUAGUCUUUGAAGGUCAAGAAAAGCUCUGAAGGCGUUUGCGAUAUCGGCGCAUUUUGAUUUUAUUUCUGGUUACUUUUACAUUCGUUGAGCUGGGUUACAAUUUGGACUAACGCAAACUUUAACGUCAUUUUGACAGAGCACGUAUUGUAUUAUCGGAGAGCUCGAUUUUAAACUUUGUCUCAUUGCUGUUUAUUGAAUAAAGAUUAAACUCACGCAUACAACAUUUGCAACUGCAGAAGACAGGGCCACAGGUAAAUGAUGGCUUUGUAUUGUUAUUCUUCCUCGUGAAAAAAAAGUCAUACCGACUGUUGCUGUAAAAUGAUUUUAUAUUCAAAUUAGUUAUAAACUGCGUCCUCUUCAUAUGAAUUUCUUUUCGUUAUUGAGGUAUCAAAGUUCGAGGGAAAUCGAGAACUUCUUUGACAUUGCAAACCGUAGGAUGCUAAGCUUACAUAAUGAGAUUUGAAGGUGAAUCCUGAUAGUCGGCUAUUAUGUAAGUUAUAGCGCUAUGAGAGAAAAGAUUUUUCAUUUGUGGCAACUCAAUGAGAUGUCGAGUGUUAAGAGAGAUGAGCCGUUCUUUUUUGCAGAAUAUGACUGGAAGUAGAAUCGCACUUAUCCUCAACUCGAGUGUAACUGGCUAUGCGUAGUUUACAACAAAGAGUGUUUUAUUUAUGAGAAUAAGUGUUGGUUUCAAAGAGAGUUUUUCUUUUUAGACAAUAAAUGCUGAAUAAAUUAUAAAGAAACUGCCAAAUACCAAUUACCAUUUCAGCAACUGCAUUGAUGCUUCUAUAGUUCACAACAACAACAUUUGAAUGAUAACAACUGAUGAAGUGGAUCUGAAAUUUUAAGUGAGUAUAAAUUAUUAACUUCGCAUCAGCAAUGAAGCUUCUAGAGUUGACCGGAACAUCAAAUGGCGGACAACAACUGAUAAACUAGAUUUGAAUUUUAAGGGAAGGCGAAAUUGACAGUUUUGUUUUGUUUUUAUUUUAUCAUUCCUUGAAGAAGAUGAUAUAUUUCAGUGUUUAUUCCGGUAGAAAUGGCUGACGAAAUUAACACUUCGCAAGAACAAAUAUUUCGUUUUAAGUUUAAUGAACGAUUAAAAUAUAAUCAUUCUGUUAUUCAGCUCUCAGAGCAUCCUUCAAUUUGCCCGUCCACUUGAUUAUGAUUGGAAAGAAAAAACAUUAGAAAAACAUCUCUGAACUCCUUUUAAACUAUUUAAAAUCCUCCAGAGGCUGUUAAAAGGCUGAAAGCAAAGUCUCCACCAAAAAAAAAACCGAAAUGAAUUUUUUGUGUGUGUUGAAUCACUCGUGUUAUUCAUGUCCGUAGUUAUUCAUAGUCGUAGCCUUUCAAGCAUUUCUUUUUAAGGAAGCAUCUCUUUCUUGUCCUGUGAUAACUCACCAUCAUCGCCGACUUAAAGGCUUUGCGCCCAAAACAUUUCAUUCGGCAAGCCUGAUAUCCUGUGGUUUGCAAUGUCAGAGAAACCCUCGAUGCGUUUCAACAAAUUUCAAAAAAAUUUCCAAAACUGAGGGAACGUGUGAGUUAAACGACAGAGGAGUUUACCCUCUUGAGGAAGGAAAAGAACUAGAAUUUGACGAAGAAGCUAUUUACACUCAAUUUCACUUCAAAAAGGUAACAAAAAUGUGUCUUAUCUAUUUUAAGUAUUGAUCCACUUAAGAAGUGGGCGUCUUCAAAAUCGCGAUCGCGAUCGCGAUCGCGGCCCACAAAAACCCGGUGGCAGUCUGUGUUUACAUUAAGGAAAUCUAUCUCUGAUAAUGGCUUCCAACAAGUAUGGCUGAAAGUGCAAAAGUCGCUGCUAAAAGUCAUUCCUUAUCUGUACAGUUUAUCGUCCGCCGAGCACACCAUUAAACUUCCUGGAUGAUCUUGCUGAAAAUGUCAUCAGGAGUAUUUUUUACUAGGACUCGAUGUCAUACUGGGUGAUCUCAACUGGAACCUCCGAGAUAAUGUGGAGUCUGGCGUCCUCAUGGAUUUUGUUCGACCUUUAAUCUCACACAGCCAAUCAACAAACCAACUAGAGUUACAGAGAAUAGCGAAUCCUUGAUUGACGUUGUAAUGACCACAAACGAAAACCUAGUUGCUUCUAGUGAUGUCCUGAUGUCAACUAUUAGCGACCACAACCUCGUAAAUAUAACACUGAAGCCAAAAAAGCCAAGAAUCAAGUACUCUUACGUAACCAUCAGAAGUUUCAGAAAUUACAAAGUCCACAACUUUCUACAUGACCUCUCCCUUACGCCUUUUCAUAUAAUUAGUCUAUUUGACGACUUAAACGAUCAGGUUGACGCAUUCAAUGACUUGUUCUUGGAAGUCCUAAAUCAUCACGUACUGGUCACAAUGGUUAAAAUUAGAUCCAAACCUAAUCCAUUUAUCACACCAGAAAUUCGUCAACUGAUGAGAACACGCGACCAAUGGCGCAAACUUGCUUCGAAAACAAAAGAUCCCCUUCACUGGAAUGGUUACAAAUUUUUUCGUUAAGAAGUUAAGAGGGAGAUCCGAAUAGCUCAAAAAGCUUACUUCAGGGCUCAAAUUCUGGAGAGUAAAGGGAAUUCUAACUCUAUCUGGAAAAUCAUUCAUCGUUGUCCGCUUCGUAAGAAUCAAGAUGGCUCCAUGGGUUUUGAAGAUCUCACUGGCUUAGCUAAAGGACUAAACGAAUUUUUCACUUCUGUUGGUAGCCUGACUGCCAUAAAAGGAAGUGAGUUGACUUCACAAAACGAGUUCAAUUCGAAUUUCGAAGUGCUACCUCCUGCUCUUGUUUCUUCCACAACAGUCAAAAAUUAUCCAAAGUUAGGGAAGCCAUGCAAAGUCAGGUACAAAAUGUGAUCAGAAUAUUACCGUCUAACAAGGCUCCAGGAAUGGACAAAAUAUCUAGAGUGUAGUGAAGUUGUAAGACCUCAUAGCAUCCUAGGGACGGACCAUUAGAUUUUUGCGGUGUGGGGGGAAAGGGGGGGGGAUGUUGGAGUGUUGGGCAAUAACCUCCGAAAAAAUCGAGCACAGGCUUAAUGGAAGAAAACACAUCGUGCAAUUGGCAAAAGACCCCCCUCCCCCCCAGCAUCAAAAAUCUAAUGGUCCGUCCCUUUUUACAUUAUUCCAAAAUGGGUUUCGUUCCGGAACAAAAUGAAUUUCAUACCGCGUUUACAUGCAAGAUAAUUUAGCUUCUAAAAACAAGUAUUUACGUCCUUUUUCUAUGCUUCCCUCGUUCCUAAAGAGGAUUCAUACAGAUAUGUGUGUCGUACCGCGUCUGCUUUGUACAGGUACAAAAGGUCGGCCAAAAUAAGUGUUUCGUUCUGGAAUGAAAACCUCAAUAAACUCAUUCAGAAAUGACUCGUUUCGAAUAAUUUUACCUUGGUAUCAUGUGGCGACCGGAAUGAACUCGUUCUUGACCAAAACUCAUUCCGAUAUCAUGUAAAAGGCCCCUAAGAGUUUUUAUUCCUAGAGCAUCACGCUUUGCUCUCCUGCCAGAACACUAUAAAUUUCAAUAGCGUUGAAGCAACAACCCGCUUUGAACUACUACGCUGCUACUGAAACAACGAUUAGUGACCACAAAAGUAACAUAUCAUUAUAUUGUCAAUUCAACAUAUACAAAAAUCUUCAUACAGGGUAAAUAUUCAUAUGUGUUGGUAUCAAUUAUUGCGUGACUAGCUUCUGAUAUAAAUGGGAUAGGGGAAAACACAACGUAAAACCUGGGCUCCCGGCAAAAAGUAAUACCCAAGCGUGAUGUAAUAGCCGAAACAGCUUAAUGGUCUUAUAAAAUCAUAAAUAAACAAGGUAAGAGUGUCAUGUUAGAUUUCUUUACAAACUGUAGUGAUUUAUGCCAGUAAACGGUGGCGACAAGUAGGCACACCAUGUAUAUUUCAUAGUCGCUAGCAAGUAAAUUUUGCCGGACUUUGAGUUCGUCUCACGAUAGAACAACACAAAUACACAAGGAAAUUUUUACAGUAACUUUAUAACCAUCCUUUUGUCUUUUAAAAGCUAGAAGCUCAGUAGAUUCUGUCAUAUCGGUCAUUGUUAAAACUGUCUUUGUUUUGAUGCUACUUUUCGACAUAGAAAAAGUAUGUCGGACAAAAAUAUUCACCAAAAAAUAAAUAUUUCUUUGCCAGCUUCAAUAAUGACAGGGGAUUAAGUUUAGAUGAUAAAAGAAAGGAUUAUUCCGACAGAAAUACCGGAGGUCGAGUAAAUUCGUUACACGAGGUCACACAAUUCGGGUGAUAUUCAGGGUGAAAAUUUGCGUAUUUGAGCAGUCGAACGAAAAAAAUCAUUUCUCAAAAACUAAAAUAUAUUGGGCUACAAAAUAUGAAAGUAGGAGAGAAAAUGGAUUUGGGCGACUUGCCGCUGUUUGUGUGGUACAUGUUGACAUUAGCUCUUAAAUUGAAUGAUGCAAUCAUGGUUUUCAAGUUCAUUAAUAAUCUUGCUCCAGACUACCUUGCAAAUAAGUUUAAGCUACGUUCUUGUGUUCAUGACUGGCAAACUCGAUCAGCUAGUACUCUGGAUAAACCCUUUUGCUGUCUGUCAACUGGUCAGAGAUCUUUUGCUUAUAGAGGAGCGAAACUGUGUAACUCAUUAAGCAGCAAUCUUAAGUUUUUAAAAUGUCCCAAGAAAUUUACGUUUCAAUUUACUUAGCUGUGUUACGAGUGAUCGUUAAGUGGAAAUGAUUGUCUGUAGCUAAACAGAACGUAGGAUGUCGGAACAGCAACAAAGAUGAUCUAUUCCAAAUCGUCACAGUAAAUACUGAUAUACGUUCUCUGCCAAACUUCAAAUAAUCACAACCGUCGUUAAACUCAACCUCAGUUACACUUUUGAGUAACCUCUACCUCUGUCACACUACUUAGCUUGUGAAAAACAAAUAAUACUUAACAGCAUGAGAUUCUGGAACUUUCUGGCCAACCUAAUUAUAGUAGCAUUCCAACGUUUUACUAUUUACAGCAUUUUACACGGGCUUGAAAAACUACCGAUGCGCAGUAAUGCGAAACUGAUUAAAUGUUCAAGAAACUUCUUGGCUUAAAUAAGCAUACUCACGAAACUUCUGAACAGUCACGGAACAAUUUUACGUAGCAAGCUGCUAUUAGGUUAAUUUCAUCAUUCAAUAUUUUUUUUCCUUUGAUAUAUAUAUUUAGCUGUAACUAUAGUUCUAUAUUCUUCAAUUUUAGUUUUAUUUCUUUUAACCUUAUCUUGUUGCUGAAAAAAUCAUUCAGGGAGCUUCAAUAAAGGUCUGUAUCUGAAUCUGUAAUUUCAGUCUUCUAUUUUGCGCAGACAUCUAAAGGGUGGAUUGCGCAGGAAUAUUGCUAAUGAGUACAAGUGCACCUGUUCCGAUGGAUACACCGGCAGCCAUUGUGAACAAGGGGGGUGGACGACUUUUUUAGACUGAAGCACAUAAGAUGUUUAUUUUGUUUUUAUCCAUCCUCAUGAAAUGAAAUAGCACGCACUUUUGCAGUAAUACCACAAUGCUCUCUGAUAUGCAGAUGUUGUUGGUACUUUGCUGAUAGGUCUAAUCUUUUCAGUGUGUUAGUUCUCAGCACGAACUGCCGUGCCAUGUUUCAACUUCUUGACAGCCUACAUACUGUGAAUGAAAAUAACAACAUUGUUUGUAUAAGCUAUCUAAAAUUAGUUCACUUUCCGGCCUGGGUAGACUUUAAAUUUUUCCUACUCAAUGCUUGUGACUCUGAAUUUUUAGCGUUUGUGUACUUACCUUGAAUCCGAAGGUAUCACACAAACGAAGGCGACUUCACUGAAACCUAACCUAACUUCUUUGACAUUGCAAUCCGUGGGAUGCUAAGCUUACAGAAUAAAAGAUUUAAAGGUGAAUCCUGAUAGUCGGCUAUUAUGCAAGUAUAUGUAUAGCGAUAUGAGAGAAAAGAGUUUUCAUUUGCGGCAACCCAAUAAGAUGCCAAGAGUUUAGAAAGAUCAGCUGCCUAUUUAUGCAGAAUAUGGCUGGAAGUCGAAUCGCAUUUAUCCUCAGCUCAAGUGUAACUGGCUAUGUGUAGUUUACUACAAAGUGUGUUUUAUUCUGAGAAUAAGUGUUGGUUACGAAGAGAGUUUUUCUUUUAAGAAAAUAAGCGCUGAAUAAAUUAUAAAGACACUUCUGGUUAUCCAUUAGUAUUUGAAAAACGGCAUUGAAGCUUCUAUAGUUCACAAUAACAUUUUAAUAAUAACAAUCGAUAAUCUGAAUCUGAAAUUUUAACUAAGUAUCAAUGAUUAACUUCACAGCGGCAAUGAGGCUUCUAGAGUUGACAAGAAAAUUUAAAUAACAACAACUGAUGAACUAGAUUUGAAUUUUAACGGAAGUCAUAAUUCACCAUUUUUUUGUUUUUAUUUUUCUUUCCUUGAAUAAGUUGAUAUAUUUGAGUGUUUAUUCAGACAGAAAUAACUGACGAAAUUAACACUUCGCACGGACAAAUAUGUCUAACAUAUAAUGAACGAUUACAAUAUUAAUUAUGCUAGAAAUAAGAGAGAUGGUAAGUUUUGAGCUCGGUAAAGAUAUAGAGAAAGAUGUUUUUUCGUCAUGUCGCGAGCGUGGGACAAAGAAAAAAAAGAAAAAAUUCUGAGUUCCCAUAAGGAGUCAAACCUCAGACCUUCGUAUUAGGCGCUCUGGUGCUCGAAAAUUUACCAUCUCUCUUAUUUAUAUCAACAAACAUUACGCUUUAAACAUUGCUGACCUCAGCAGUAUACAGGACACGUGUCAUAUGAAUGUCGUAAUUCACCGUGGAGUCUCUGUUGUUCAGUGGCUAGAGCAUCGGAGCGUGGAAUCCAAAGGUCUGAGGUUCGAUUCCUCAUUGGUACUCAGAAUUUUUUCUGUGUCCCACGCUCGUGACAAGAAGAAAAAACACCUUUCGCUAUUAAUUAUUCUGUUAUUCAGCUCUCAGAGCAUCCUUUCCACUUGACUAUAGUUGGAAAAUUUUUUAUAAACGUCUCUAAACUCUUUUUAUAUUAAUUGAGAUAUUUUCGAAUCUUUUACAAAACUGCGUGUACGCACCGAAGGCAAAGUCUCGACCGAAAUAAUAAUGAUAAUGAUAAUAAUAAUUUAUUACUUAUAUAGCGCAAAAUACAUGUGGAUACGAUCUAAAGCGCUAUUUAUCUAGUGCGCCAAGAAAAAAUAAAAACAAAUGAAUUUUUUCUGUGACUUAAGGCUUCACGGUCAAAAUAUUUCAUCUGGCAAGCAUGAUAUCCUGUGGUUUGCCAGAGAGACCCUUGAUGCGUUUCAGUUUAUUAUUCUUAUUUAUGAGAAUAUGUGUUGGUUACGAAGAGAGUUUUUUUUAACUAAGUAUCAAUUAUUAACUUCACAAAGACAAUGAGGCUUCUGGAGUUGACCAGAAAAUUUAAAUGACAACAACUGAUAAACUAGAUUUGUAUUUUAAGGGAAGGCGAAAUUCACAUUUUUUUUUUGUUUUUGAACGAUUACAAUAUUAAUCAUUCUUUUAUUCAGCUCUCAGAGCAUCCUUUCCACUUGACUAUGAUUGGAAAGAAAAAUAUUAAAUAAAUGUCUCUGAACUCCUUUUAAAUUAAUUGAAAUAUUUUCGAAGCUUUUACAAAGCUGCGUGUACACACCGAAGGUAAAGCUCGACCGGGAAAAAAAACCAAAUGAAUUUUUUUCUGUGUGGUGUUCUAGUUGGGUUAUUAAUAUCUGAAGUCGAAGUAUCUCAGGCUAUUCUUUGUAAGGAAGCGUCUCUUUCUUGUCCUGUGAUAACUCGCAAUCAUCGCCGACUUAAAGGCUUCACGUUCAAAACAUUUCACCUUGCAAGCCUGAUAUCCUGUGGUUUGCUAUGUCAGAGAGACCCUCGAUGCGUUUCAACAAAUUUUAGAAACGUUUUCAAAAGUGAGGGAACCUGUGAGUUGAACGACAGAGGAGCUCUCCUUACUGAGAAAGGAAACGAACUGGAAUACGACGAAGAAGCAAUUUACACUCAAUUUUACGACACGAAGGUAACGAAAAAAUCUUGAUAAAAGACCAAGAAGGAGGUGUUAUUGAUUCCUCGAGACACUUGUCUUUCAUUCGUGGUAUCUUUCCCAUAAAAUCUUCAUAUUUCGACGACAGAUGUGACAACUUUCCAUCUGUCAUAUUUUUCUUUGAAUGUUUUUAUCGUUUGGUCCUAAAGUAGUUUGACGUGUAUGCGGGUAAAAUGGUGGUUUUUCAUCUUUUUCCUUUAAAGGCGAAUGGACCACAUUUCACUGAGUGCUGAUAAUCAAAAUGUUGUACUGUCGUUUAAAGUAAAAUGAGAAAUUUUUCCUAAGUAGGAAUCGAUAUUAUUGGAGUCAAUAUAUGCAAACUGCUCCGAAAGUUAUAUAUAUUUUAAGUUGAAAGUUCUUUAAUAAAUUCAGGUGGACCAAAAGUAGGUCAUACGGAUUUAGUACACAAAAUUCAGUAUAAAAUUUAGCUUGAGGCUAAAACUUUCAAGAUGUACCCAAAGGCCUUCAAUUAGCUCACUUGUGCAGACUCCAUACGGUGAUGAACCCAGAAGACUAAUUGAUUUCCCGAUAAAAUAAAAAAUGAAUGAUUUUUUGUUUUCAGUACCACUGUCAGGCCUUCAAGGAAGAUUUAAAAGUCGUCAACUGCAAAUGUAAGUAGCGUUGGCUUGAAAGGUAUUCUUGAGAUUCGAGUCAACGACUUCGUGUUUAAAUAACAAUGAGUUAAUUGUCCCGGCUGCUUCUUGUCUCUCCGCUAAUAGGUGCGGAGUCUGUCGUCUUCGCGAACCUUCGCGGACCCUUACAAACAUUCCUCGGACCUGCUUGAAACAUUUCGAUUCUUACAGUUUCCUUGAAAGUCCUCGAAUGCUGUCAAAAACAUUGCUAAGGAAACUGCUGACUAGGUUACUUCUAAAUUAAAGUGGAAUCAAGCCUUUAAUUCCCACGAGUGACCAAGACAGAAUUUCUCCUUACAAUAACCAUACAAUAUCAAUCAGACAGGUGAUGAGAAUAAUGAAGAAUAUAAGUUUGAGGAUUUUCUAAUUGAUCCGGCACCAAAUUCUCAGAACUAGCAUCAUAAGAGUUGUAUAGCAGACAGUAAGGAGAAUUAGUAAUGAGAUUUUGGGCACUAAAGGGUAAAGGACAGAAGAACCUGCUGAAGCAGCCGAGGACACUCACUGCGUUAUUCACAAUUUCAAAUGCCGAUGUGCCUACCAAAUGCAUCGCGAAAACAUGAUAGCGUUGAGUCAUCAAUAUGGGAAGCAAUUUAAACAUAUCCAGAAAUUAGACAAGGCAAACUUCAGGGAUCCAAAAACUAUUGGAUACUCCAUCGGUGCCGCAGUAAAUUUUAACCGUUUUGGGUACGAAUUUUCAUUUGUAGUAGAGCUUCGACCAUCACGUGUAAGUCGGAGAGAUUUAACUCCCGUGUAAGUUUUUAUCGUUAUCAAAUUUUUUAUUAUAAUGCUUGAGAUAAAGUGGGAAGGUGAGACUGCACUUACUUUUAAAUUUCCAUUCAAACGGUUUCAAAAUCCUCCUUUUCUUUCUAUUCAACCGUUCUCAAAAUCCUCCUUUAUUCUAUGAUAAACAAAUCAAUGUCUGUGCGAUUGCAUUUGUCUGUCUCAAUUUCAGGUGCGGAAUCACCAAAAGCCCCAGUUCCCCUCGGCAUGGAAAGCGGUGCUAUUUUUGACUCACAGAUCACCGCUUCCUCCGUGUAUAAUGAUAACCUUGCCGCAUCGAAUGCUAGAUUACAUUUUAAAGGAUCUGAAAACUCACUUAGACGUGCUGGCUGGGUACCUGGAGUGAAAAACACUAACCAAUGGCUGCAAGUGGAUCUUCAGCAAACCACAAGGGUAAUAGGCAUAGCGACGCAAGGGAGACAUGAUUUCGAUCAGUGGGUUACCGAAUACAAGCUACAAUAUGGCGAUGAUGGACAAACUUUCAGAGUUUACAAGCGAAACGGAGACACAUCAGAUACGGUAUGAAAAAAUAUGCUUAAUUGAAAAACCUUUUUGCGGAGAAAAAGUCCCCAUGAGGAAUAGAACCUUUUUGUAUUCUGCAUUCUGAUUCUCUUUCACUGAGCCACAAGGCAGUUACACUAGGCUGGGCCAUAUACUCUCUGUCAUUGAACCUACAGAAAAGCAUUCACGAAAGUUAUAGGUUAAGAGUAACUCGUACUGUAAAAACGUACGUGCGUACUUACGCUUGUUAAUUUUACGCCCAAAUAUAUUCUACCUAGUUUUUUCUAGGAAACAAGGACAGAGACACAGUAGUUUACCACGAUCUUAACCCGCUCAUUUAUGUUCGCUAUGUUCGAGUUCUUCCGAUGGAAUGGAAAAGGACGAUCUCUAUGAGGAUUGAGCUUUAUUCUUGUUAAGGUAACCUACUGGGGUCCAGUUGUGCAACAAUGGGCCGAGUUUUUUUGAAAAACGUUUUCUGGGAGACGGAAGGUGAGCGUUGGGUGAGGGUGAGCUGUAAUGGACUGACAUUACAUUUAACCCUUUAGCUCCCAAGAUCUUCAUCCUAAUUCUCCCGUCUAGCUGCUACACAUUCCUUGCAAAUCAGGUGCAAGAAUUAGAUUUUAGAUCAGGAUAACAACUUUUACCUGAUACGUUUGAAUAUUCUCAUCACCUGUUUGCAAGAUAUAUCUAUGGAUAUUUUAGGAAAAAGUUUCAUUUUAGUCACUUAUGGGAGUUAAAGGUUAAGAGCGCUAGCAGUGCUCAGAAACCAAAGCGAGCCCCGGCUUACGGCCAGUUGCCCUUUGAGUUUUACACAUGUUUGUAAUUUGUCAUCGAUAGAGCUCACGCACUUCACAUAACAUCCCCAACAGCUAUAUCUUUUUUACUAAAAUACAUUAUUUGUUUUUGAUAGAAAAACAAAUUCUCUUUAUUUGUUUAAAAGUGAAAGAGUCACAACUGAAGGGAAGAAUUCACCUUUUCGGCGUUAGAUUGCACUUGUAGUGUCACGUGACCUCUGAUGUAAACAAACCGCGAAAGUUUGGACUUUAAAUCAACCACCCACGGCGCGAGUCCGAACUUCGGCUUCGGCAUUUUGUCGUGAAUAGUUACCCUCUGUCGCGCCAUGGAAUAAUAAAAAACAUUCUCUGUACUGUGAUUUAUCUUCUCAGGUAUUUUCAGGGCUUUGAGUGCGUUGAUUGUUAAAUGAAACCACGUCUGAUAGGAGAUUAUUGCCCACGAAUCGCUGUAGAACGUGAUCAAGCCUGGAUUCCCACACAGAAUCUCGUUUCAUAUCGUAUUGCGUGGAAUGUUUUAUGCACGCAAAGGGGAAAUCCUGCCAAAUCCAGCUCAAUCUUUAAGAGUAGUUGUAGCUUUGAAUAGCAGAUCACAAAAUUUGAGACGGGUUCAACGCUAUGAAUGGGGUAGAAACUGAAAAUAUCUGCAGAAACGGGGCAUUUCAGUGAGCAGAUAUUUCACAACGUUUUGUGUGGAAAUCGCCUCCGCAGUCGAAAAAAAAGGGUUCUAUUAGUGUGUCCAAAUUUCGAAAAAGACGGCGCCACUACUUCAGGCAAAUCAAUAAUUCAUGAUAUGUUUAUUCUCAAUCUAGCUUUUUUGAAGACUGUGAACGAUUUUAACGCUUCGCGGCCAUUUGGAUUGUAGGAUAUUUUUAAUCAUUUGAUUUACUACUCCACCGCGUCAGGCAUGGACUCGCCGCUUAUAAAUCAUUUGAAGAUUAUCGCCUAUUCGAUGAUCGUUUGUUACGUAUCGUAAGCAUCAGAAGUCUCGUGACACUACACGUGAAAUCUAACGCCGAAAAGGUGAAUUAUCAAUCAGACCCUGGAAGGCAGAGGAAUCGGGAAAAACGACCAGAAAUUAUCUUUUACAUGCUUGUUAAUGCUGUUUUUGUUUCCUUAUUUUUCAUAUAGAAUAACAGCUGUUUGCGAGAAACAUCACUGCAGUGCAAUCCCUUCUAUGGCUUCAUUAAGGAAAAAGUGACAAGAAACCUCUGACGAGUUUGCAUGCCGUUAAAACGUGUUUAGCAGUUGUAACUGAUCAAAUUAUUUAAUAAAGUAUGUACCCCUAAUUAAAUUUGUAAGUAAGCAAAUGAACCUUGCGAGUAAAUGUGACUCAAAUAGUCAGAUUUCACGCUCAGGAAUUGUUGAGAAAUAAUGGCACAAUAAAGGAAGUUGUUACAACCGUGGAGGUUUCGACUUUUUAGAGCAAAAAUGGCUAUGAGAGAUUUAUGGAAACAAACCAUCACGAAAUCAUUGAAAGUCCUGGAAUUUUUGCAACGGAUAAAUCUGAUAUUAUAGUUUCUUCAUUAACCAAAUUGUGACACGUGUUUCUAGCAGGAUUCGAACCUGAAAAUUGUGACACGUGUUUCUAGCAGGAUUCGAACCUGCAAUUCUUCAUGUAUAAGGCGGACGUGAUAACUACUCCACUACAGGAACGCGGCUUGUAAGCAUGGCUUUGUCCGCCAAGAGCAUCUCACUCAUGGUGGGAUAUGAUGUAGUCUUUGAAGGUCAAGAAAAGCUCUGAAGGCGUUUGCGAUAUCGGCGCAAUUUUGAUUUUAUUUCUAGUUACUUUUACAUUCGCUGAUCCGGGUUACAAUUUGGACUAAAGUAAACUUUAACGUAAUUUUGACAGUACACGUAUUGCAUUAUCGGAGAGCUCAAUUUUAAAUUUUGUCUCAUUGCUGUUUAUUGAAUAAAGAUUAAACUCAUGCAUGCAAUAUUUGCAACUGCAGAAGACAUGGCCACAAGCAAAUGAUGGCUUUGCAUUGUUAUUUUUCCUCGUGAAAAAACAAUCAUACCGACUGUUGCUGUUACAUGAUUUUAUGUUCAAAUUAGGUAUAGACUGCGUCCUCGUUAUAUGAAUUUCUUUUCGUCAAUCAGGUAUCAAAGUUCCUCUGUCGUUCAUAUCACAGAUUCCUGUUGCUAUUUUAAAACUUGAAAUUUUAGGGAAAUCAAGAACUUCUUUGACAUUGCAAACCGUAGGAUGCUAAGCUUACAGAAUGAAGGAUUUGAAGAUCAAUUCUGAUAGUCGGCUAUUAUGUAAGUUAUAACGCUAUGAGAGGAAAGAGUUUUCAUUUGCGGCAACCCAAUGAGAUGUCGAGAGUUAAAAGAGAUGAGCCACUUAUUUUUGCAGGAUAUGACUGGGAGUAGAAUCGCACUUAUCCUCAACUCAAGUGUAAUUGGCUAUGUGUACGUAGUUUACGGCAAAGGGUGUUUUAUUUAUGAGAAUAAGUGUUGGUCACAAAGAGAGUUUUUCUUUUAAGACAAUAAAUGCUGAAUAAAUUAUAAAGAAACUGCCAAAUACCAAUUACCAUUUCAACAACUACAUUGAUGCUUCUAUAGGUCACAACAACAACAUUUGAAUGAUACAAAUUGAUGAAGUGGACCUGAAAUUUUAAGUGAGCAUCAAUUAUUAACUUCACAUCGGCAAUGAGGCUUCUAGAGUUGACCGAAACAUUUAAAUGGCAGACAAUAACUGAUAAACUAGACUUGAAUUUUAAAGGAAGACAAAAUUCACAGUUUUGUUUUGUUUUUUUAUUUUAUCAUUCCUUGAAUAAGAUGAUAUAUUUCAGUGUUUAUUCUGGUAGAAAUGGCUUACGAAAUUAACACUUCGCACGAACAAAUAUUUCUUUUUAACUUUAAUGAACGAUUAAAAUAUUAAUCAUUCGGUUAUUCAGCUCUCAGAGCAUCCUUUCAAUUAGCCCGUUCACUUGAUUGUAAUUGGAAAGAAAAAAUAUUAAAAAAACAUCUCUGAAGUCCUUUUAAAUUAUUUAAAAUCCUCCAGAAGCUGUUAAAAAGCUGAAAGCAAAGUUUCGACUAAAAAAAAACCGAAAUGAAUUUUCUUCUGUGUGUUCAACUAAUCGUGUUAUUAGUCGUAGCUUCUCAAGCAUUUCUUUGUAAGGAAGCAUCUCUUUCUUGUCCUGUGAUAACUCGGAAUCAUCGCCGACUUAAAGGCUUCACGAUCAAAACAUUUCAUUCGGCAGGCCUGAUAUCCUGUAGUUUGCAAUGUCAGAGAAACCCAUGAUGCAUUUCAACAAAUUUCAGAAAAGUUUCCAAAACUGAGGGAACCUGUGAGUUAAACGACAGAGGAGUCUUCCCUCUUGAGGAAGGAAAAGAACUGGAAUAUGACGAAGAAGCUAUUUACACUCAAUUAUACGAGAAGAAAGUAAUAAAAAUUUGUCUUAUCUAUUUUAAUUAUUGAUCCUUGCAAUGAAGUGGGCAUCUUCAAAAAGUGUGUACAUAUCUGUUUAUCUACCGGAACACAUCUAAAAAAAAGACGGAAAAGCUACGAUCUUCCCUUUGUCACGAGAAGGACAAUAAGCUUACGGAUGGAUUCUCUGUUGGGCGGUAGCGGAAUAUUAGAACACGAAAUCCUCCGACCUGAGAUUUUAUUUUAUUCAUGACAUAUUUUUGGUAAUGUUUAUCUUUUCGACGUUAGAAGUAAAAAAUUCAACAUUUCUCUUAACUUAGUAAUGUGUCUAUCCAUCGAUCCUCGUCUAGUUAUAUAUGGUGCAAUGUCGUGUUUUCAUGAUGGAUGAUUAGCGUCGUUACUGCGAAUGUUGCCUUAAAAAAUAAAAUGGGCCUUUUUACCAAAUUUUCAGUAUCUUUGGAGAAAUGAUACUUGCAAAGUCCUCCGAAGUACAAUAAUGUUUAGAAUUACAAUUGUGUUGAGUCUUCUCAAAUAAUUUUGUGGACUGAAAGAGGGUAACAUUAAUUUGAGACAAAAAAUUGUAGUUUUUAGCUUAGGUUAAAAAUUUAUAGAUGAGUUUCUAUUUGAUGAUUGACCAAGAUGACUAAUUGAUUUCCUGAUAAGAAAAAAUGAAUAUUUUCAUGUCUGAGCAGCGCAACUGUCAGGUUUUCAAGGAAGAAUUUAAAUUCGUCAGCUGCAAAUGUAAGUAGGGCUGAGUACAUAAGAUAUUCUUAAAAUUAAUGUCUAAGAUCUUGCACUUACAUCACUGAGGAGUUACUCGUCUCAGUCUCCUCUUGUCUUUGCGUCAAGAGGCCACCUGUCAAUACUUGCGGAGUCUUCUAUCGUCAUGACCCUCCCUGAACCAUUUCUGGACCUUAUCUGCUACCUUCAUAGUCCUCGAAUGUGGUUUAAAAAAAUAAGAUUACCCGGGAAAAUACUGCGAGGUUUAUUUCUGAAAAGAAAAAGAAAAGAUGAAGAAAAUAAGAAGCUCCCCAAGACGUGUAAGAUUCGUAUUUUCCCAAAUAAAACUCAUUGAUAAUUUCAAAUGCAAUCUUUGCUUACGCCAAAGCAUUGCGAAACUUGAACGCGAUAACCUUAAACAUAUCUAGGAAUUUUACAUGACAAUCCCUAUCCAAAAAAAUCUGGAUCCUCCUAAGGUGCCGCAGUAUAAUUAUCGUCCUGGGUAUGAGACGACCUCGAACAUCACUCGAAGUUCAGAGUCUUCUAACAUUCGGAUAGUUCUUAUCCGUUAAAUUUUUUUCUAAUUAGGAUCUUUGAGACGAAAUGGAAACUAUAAUCUGCACUGAUUUUGAUAUUUCUGUUCAAACGUUGAAAAUAUCCGCAGUCAUUAGUAGUAAACUUGUCAAUAUGUGUGAUUGAGUUUCUCUGUCCAAAAUGCAGGUGAAGAAUCACCAAAAGGCCCAGUUCCCUUAGUUAUGGAAAGUGGAGUUAUUACUUACUCGCAGAUUAGUGCAUCUUCCGUGUAUGAUAAUACACAUGGCCCACAGAAUGGUAGAUUACAUUUCAAGGGGGCCAAAGCCCCGUUGGCGUUUGUAUCUGCUGGCUGGGCAGCUGAUCUGCUAAACACCAAUCAAUGGCUGCAAGUGGAUCUUCGGAAUACCGCAAGGGUAAUAGGCAUAGCGACGCAGGGGAGACAUGAUUACGAUCAGUGGGUUACUAAAUACAAGCUACAAUAUGGCGACGAUGGACAAACUUACAGUAUCUAUAGGCGAAACGGAGACACUUCAGAUACGGUAUAAAUAAGAAUGACUUUUUGAGCAAGAUGUUUUUCCCUUCUAUUCUUGCUGUGAGGGUGAACCAAAGAAAAAAAAUGAAGAGUCCCCAAGAGUAAAAGAAUCUCAGUCCUUCGAAUUCUUUGCUCCAAUGCACCAACACUUCGCCACAGUGAUCUUACAGACAGCUGAGCUAUUACGAGGUCCAUCAUAUGUUCAAAUAUGAGCUUUUCUUUUUUUGCUUUUGGUGGGUCUGAGACGAGGUCGAGAUACAUGAGAACGCUAGAGAACGAGUAGUAAAAAAUUAGUGAGAUCAAACUGUACUCGUUUAUAUCUAUGUUUGUAUUUGAUUGCUGAUGAACAUGUAGAAAAGCAUCAACUAAGGUUCUAGGUUUAGAGUUAGCACUCCUGUGUAAUGCAUACAUUCGUCAAUUUUACAUCCCACAAUAUUCUACUCAGAUUUUCCCAGGAAACACUGACAGGGACACAGUUGUGUAUCACGAUCUUAACCCGGUCAUUGAUGCUCGCUUCGUUCGAGUUCUUCCGAUGGAAUGGCUUGAGUUUAUCGGAAUGAGAAUGGAGCUUUACUCUUGUCAAAGUAAGUUACUAGUUGAACUGUUUAUUCCUGGCUGAAUUAUUGUGCUUAACUCUCAGAAAUGAUCAACAUGAAACUUCUCCCUAUAAUAUCCUUACAUUACCCAGCAAACAGGUCAUGACAAUAUUCAAACUUAUCAGGUAGAAGUUGUUAUCUUGAUCUUACAUCAAAUUCUUCUAACUAAUUUACAAGGAUAUGUGUCGCAGCUAGAGGGGAGAAUUAAGAAUCCGAUCUUGGGAGUUAAAGGUUAACGCAUUGUACGCAGAGACAUUCAACUUUACAACGACUCCUUCUUCCAACAAGUGAAACCAAAGGAUCAGUAUACCGGCAGUGGAAGGGGGAGGGGUGGGGGGGAUAGAUAUGGGGCAGAGGGAAAACUCAGGGCAAUGGACUGGUUUUAAUUAAAGAGUAGUGCCCAGAGACUAAAAGGAACCCUGGUCUAAGGCCAGUUGGCCUCACGUUUUAUAAUGGUAAUUGGACCGAGUAGAGUUUAAUACGGUCACUAUUUAUACGAAUGAUUAACAAAAUCAGACGAUCGCGAAGCAGGAGUCUGACUUGUCAAUUACGAGUAUGAUUACCAGAAUGAAUUUGACGACUCGAGGCUCUGUCACAAACUAAUCAAAACUAUAAUAACAUUUGAGAAAGAGACUGGACAUCGUUUAUACGUCUUUAUUAAAAGAAAAACAAAACAAGAGUAAAAUCGGCGAAAUGCGAGACAAAAUCGCGCGUUUAUGACGUGAUCUGUCCACUUACGCGGGUAUGACGUGUUAAUUGUCCCUUUAACUACCCUAGUACACUGUGCGAUUACAAACAUGACGCUUAUAUUGUCCUAUUAGUGCUCAAAUCGGGCCAGUGGUAACCAAUCACGUUCGAGAGUUUUGUUAUAGUUUUGAUUACAUACGUAAUUGCAAUAUGACAGUAAAGCUCAAACAUUUUAUAUCGGAUCCCUUUCUAAUUUUUCAAUUAAUGAGCACUUAACUUCUUUUUAGCGCUUAUUUUUGAAUACAUUAUUCAGCAAGCAUGCACAUGAAAAGAUGAGAUGAAUCUAUCGGCUGAUAGGUUUUUUUAUGAUAGAGCACCAAAUUUUUCCGACUUGCAUGUUUGCUGGUAAAAGUAUAGGAGCUAAAAGGAAGAAUUUUCAAUCAGAUCUUCAAAGAAGGAAGAAGGUGUUAUUGACUCAUCGAGACACUUGUCUUUCAUUUGUGGUAUCUUUCUCAUAAAAUCUUCAUAUUUCGACGACAGAUGUGAAAACUUUCCAUCUGUCAUAUUUUUCUUUGAAUGUUUUUAUCGUUUUGUCCUAAACUAGUUUGACGUGUAUGCGGAUAAAAUGGUGGUUUUUUAUCUUUUUCUUUUAAAGGCGAAUGGACUACAUUUCACUGAGUACUGGUCCUCAAAAUAUUGUACUGUCAUUUAAAGAAAAAUGAGUAAUACUUCCAGGGUUAAAGGGUUAAGAGCGUUAGCAGUGCUCAGAAACCAAAGCGAACCCCGGUUUAAGGUCAGUUGCCCUUUGGGUUUUACACGUGAUUGUAAUAUGUCAUCGAGAGAGCUCACGCAUUUCACAUAACAUCCCCAACACCUAAUUUUUUUUUUACUGAGAUACAUUAUUUCUUUUUGAUAGAAAACUUAAUUCUCUUAACUUGUUUAAAAGUACGAGAGUCACAACCGAAGAGAAGAAUUCACCUUUUCGGCGUCAGUUUAAAGUCGUCAGCUACAAAUGUAAGUAGGGCUGAGUAGAAAAAUAAUCUUCAAAUUAAUGUCUAAGAUCCUGCACUUACAUCUCUGAGGAGUUACUCAUCUCAGCUACUUACAUCACUUAGGAGUUACUCAUCUCAGCUGUCUUUGUGUCAAGAGGCCUCCCGUCAAUACGUGCGGAGUCUCCCAUCGUGGUGAGCCUCCCCGAACCAUUUCUGGACCUUAUCUGGUACCUUCAAAGCCCUCGAAUGUGGUGUAAGAAGAAAAAAGAAUGCGCAGGAAAAUACUGCGUGGGUCAUUUCUAAACAAAACAAAAAGAUGAAGAAAAUAAGACUGAGCUCUCUAAGACGUUGAAGAUCCGUAUUUUCCUAGUUAAAACUCAUUCAUAAUUUCAAAUGCAGUCUGUGCCUCCGCUAACGCAUUGCGAAACUUGAACGCGAUAACUUUAAACACAUGUAGAGAUUGUACAAGGUAAUCCCUAUGAAAAAAACUCUGGAUAAUCCGAAGGUGCCACGAUAUUAAUUACCGUCCGGGAUACGAGAUGACAUUUAAGAACUUGUACCAUCACUUGAAGUUUAGAGACUUUUAAUAUACGGAGAGUUCUUAUCUGUUAAAUUUUUUCUAAUUUGGAUCCUUAGGACGAAAUCGAAACUUCAAACUGCAUUGAUUUUUAUACUUCUGUUCAAAUGUUGAAAACAUCUGCAGUCAUUAGGAGUAAACUUGUGAAUACGUGCGUUUGUGUUUCUCUGUCCAAAAUGCAGGUGAAGAAUCACCAAAAGGCCCAGUUUCCCUGGGUAUGGAAAGUGUAGUUAUUACUGACUCGCAGAUCAAUGCAUAGUCCGUGUGCAGUUAUUAUCAUUGUUUCUCGUCUCUCGCUCCGACGAGGGGCUGACGCUCGAACGUCAGCUUUGAAACUCUGACUGUUGCAAAUUUGCGUUAUCGACUCAGUUGAUGAAACCAAAUUACCUUAUCAUUUAUUUGAUCAGAAGAAGUCGCUAAGAUUUGUUACCAUAUCGCUUGCAGUGCCCGUGGGCAGUGUGAAGCGAAUCCUGUUCUCUGAUUGGCUACCUAAGCGGGCAAGAUGGCCCAUCACAAUGUUGGCGAUGUAGUCGCAAAAACUCGGCAGAGGGAGAUCAAAACAAAGAAAACAUAACUAAAAUACCCACGUGGGUUUACUGUAUUACAAACACAGCUGGCUUUCUCGCCUAGCUCUCUUAAAAAAAAACAGGUCAAUCUUGAUUUGUAAUACAGCGAAACCUUUUUAUAGGAAAUUCUUUAUUGUCCAAGCUUGUUCAGUCAACAACUGCAUCAAGUCUUCUAUCGUUGACUAGAACAUUUAAGUGAUAACAACUGAUAAUCGGCGAUCAGGCGAUACAUAUGGCUGUGAGUUAUAGCGUGAUGAAACUAAGGAAACGAAACGAAAUGCUCAGAGUUUAGACAUCACAAAUUUGAAAGCAAAUAGAACACUUCUCGCAGACAAAAUAUGUCCAGUUACAACGAGUUGAAAAUUAAUGCAGUUUUAUUUGCUUUCAAAUUUGUGAUGCCUUGAUGUAGUUGUUGACAAAAUAACUGGUAUCUAGAAGUUUUUAAAUAACAGUUAGUAAUUUAGUAAGUAUUUUCAACUCAGUUGCAACUGAGUAUAUUUUGUCUGCGGGAAGUGUGGUCAAGUACUUAAUAAAUUAUUCAGAAACUUCUACGGUAGAUAAAAAUAUUAGUAUCUCAACAACUACAUCGAGGAGUCUAUAGUUAACAGGAAAAUCUAUAUGAUAACAACUGACAAACUAGAAAAAUUUUACCGACGGCAGGGUCAUUUUUUAUUUUAAAUCUCUGAAUCAAAUAAGAUCUUUGUUUAUUCAGACAGAAAUGGCUGACGAGAUUAAUACUUGACUCGGAAAUGUCAUCUUCUUUCACAUUCAAUCAACAAUUGAAAUCGUACUGUUAUCCAGCUUUCAGUGCAUCCUUUCAAUUAGCCAGUCGACGCGGCUAUGAUUGGAUAGAUAAUAAUUAAAAUCUUCAACUUUCAUUUAAAUUAUUCAAUGUCGUCCCCUGGCUGACUUCUGAUGAAAACGCUUGCGACUUUCAAAGUUGAGGAUUAUGCAUACCUUAGACGAGGUCAUCACCAGAAAAUCAAAAUGAAUUUUACUCUGUGUGCUGGACUUAUCGUGUUAUUAGUGUCCGAAGUCGUAGCAUCUCAAGCACUUGUUUCUAAGGAAGCGUCUCUUUCUUGUCCUGUGAUAACUUACAAUCAUCGCCGACUUAAAGGCUUCGCGUUCAAAACAAUUCACUUUGCAAGCCUGAUAUCCUGUGGUUUGCUAUGUCAGAGAGACCCUCGAUGCGUUUCAACAAAUUUCAGAAACUUUUUCAAAAGUGAGGGAACCUGUGAGUUGAACGAUAGAGGAGUUCUCCUUACUGAGAAAGGAAACGAACUGGAAUACGACGAAGAGGCGAUUUACACUCAAUUUUACGACACGAAGGUAACAAAAAAAUCUCGAUAA